CGCCCCCGCCCCGCCCGCGCCGCCGCCGCCGCCGCCGCUGUCACCGUCACCGCCACCGCUGUCAGCAGCCGGCUCCGGUGCGGACACCCCCGCAGCAGCGGCAGGUACCUUUGCUGAGAGGUGGCAGAGCAGCCUCAGGACACCACCAUGAUGGAGGAUCACGCACCUGGCCAGGAAAAACACUUCUCAUCAGGCUAUCCCCUUCAGAUACCAGUCGAUGAUGGAUCGGAUGAGCCUGUUUCUGAAACUUCUGACGCUAAGAGCACCCCAACUACGGAAGAUGCCACAGCACCUUUAGUGGAGGAAGGAGACCACGAGGAGCAGGGUGGUGCGGAACAGCACGGGGAGAUCCCAGAAGGAACCACAGCCGAGGAGGCGGGCGUGGGAGCCACUCCCAACCUGGAGGACCACGCUGCAGGAGAUGCCACUCAAGGUCGUGUUGACAAGGAAGGGACCGAAGCUGAUGAAAAGAAACCCAAGGGCCCGGAGGCGCGCGGUGGCUCCAAGACGGGCUCGGCGCGCGCGGGGCAGGCGCAGCGGAACUCCACCAACGCCACCCGCAUCCCGGCCAAGACCCCCACGGCCCCCAAGACCCCUCCCAGCUCCGGCAGAAAGGAGCAGAAAAAGCCACCUCCUGCAGCAGCAAAGACUGAGAAAGGUGAGCAGCCCAAGUCCGGAGACAGAAGCGGUUACAGCAGCCCCGGCUCCCCCGGGACUCCGGGCAGCCGUUCCCGCACCCCCUCUCUGCCCACCCCACCAGCCAGGGAGCCCAAGAAGGUGGCAGUGGUCCGCACGCCCCCCAAGUCGCCGGCGUCCGCCAAGACCCGCGUCCCGCCCGCCGCCGCGCCCAUGCCCGACCUGAAGAACGUCAAGUCCAAAAUCGGCUCCACCGACAACCUGAAGCACCAGCCCGGAGGUGGCAAGGUGCAGAUAAUUAAUAAGAAGCUGGACUUUAGCAGCGUUCAAUCCAAGUGUGGCUCAAAGGAUAAUAUCAAACACAUCCCGGGCGGAGGCAGUGUGCAGAUAAUUAAUAAGAAGCUGGACUUUAGCAGCGUUCAAUCCAGGUGUGGCUCAAAGGAUAAUAUCAAACACAUCCCGGGCGGAGGCAGUGUGCAAAUCGUUUACAAGCCGGUGGACCUGAGCCAUGUGACAUCCAAAUGUGGUUCCCUGGGCAACAUCCACCACAAACCAGGUGGUGGCCAGGUGGAGGUGAAAUCUGAGAAACUGGACUUCAAAGAUAAGGUGCAGUCGAAAAUCGGGUCCCUAGACAACAUCAGCCACGUCCCUGGAGGAGGCAAUAAAAAGAUUGAGACUCACAAGCUGACCUUCCGCGAGAACGCCAAAGCCAAGACCGACCACGGCGCCGAAAUCGUCUACAAGUCCCCGACCAUCUCCGGAGAUGCCUCCCCGCGCCGCCUUAGCAACGUCUCCUCCACCGGCAGCAUCAACCUGGUGGACUCCCCCCAGCUGGCCACGCUAGCCGACGAGGUGUCCGCCUCGCUGGCCAAGCAGGGCUUGUGAUCGCGGCGCGGCGGCCACCGGGAGAGAAGACGAGGAAAGGAAACGAAAAAGAAAAGAAACAAAAAUAAUAAUCUGGCCUUCUUCCUCUGUUCCUUUUACAGCUGCUUCCCCGUCCCUAACUGGUUAAUGAUUUAACCUGCUUUUACUGUUCAUUCAGCUCUAGCUCCAGGACUUCAAAAUCAGUGACACUAUGAGGUACAAAACCUCCUCUCCCCCUGCUCCUCGGAGCGCACAGCCCGUCCCGUCGCGUCCCCGCGCUGCCCCCGCUCCUGCCCUCGCUGUCCCAGCCCUGCCCGGGGCCCCGGCGAGGCGGGCAGGGGGCCCGAGGGGCGGCCACGGCAGCCCGGGGCAGCGGGUGGCGCUCCCGGGACGGGGCUGUGACCCGGCCCAGCCCGUGUCCCGCCGCUGGCCAGGGCUGCGGGGAGGCACCCUCCCUCCCUGCCUGCCUCCUCCCCGCGUUAAAUUUGCCUGCUGAUUUGGAAGAAACCUUUUGUUUUUAUUUCCGAAAGCCGAGAUGUGUAUGAAGAUAACGGCCAGGUACCCCCUAACCCGCUCUCAGCUCCGGCAGCUGGAGUCCCGGCGAGGCCGGGUGCCCGCUCCGAGGGGCCCCGGGCGGCCGUUCCCCUCUCCGUGGCUGUGCUGGAACCGCUGAGUGGAUGAGUAGAGGCUUUUCCCCAUUCCUUUGGCAGCCCCUCGUGUCGUAGAGUAGAUUUGUCUGUAUAUGCUUGGACCGUGCCAGGGUGAUUGUUUUCAUAAACGAGCAUGUGUUUGAAAAAUAAAUGCUGUAAGUAGUUUUGAGCUGCCCCGCGCCGGCUCCGGCCGUGCCCAGCCCCGGUGCCGCAGGAGGAGCCCGGCACCGCAUGUCUGCCGGAGGAGGGGCACCCACAGCGCCAGGGCUGGGAUGGCUCCUGGAUUUGGGUGCAGCUUGUGACAUUUUUGGGUUGUUCUUUUUCUUUCCCUGCAAGGUCAGCUCAGCGAUGGCGGAGGUGGCAGCUCCAUGGCUCUGCUGUGCCGGUGGCAGCGGUGAGACCCCGGCAGGACGCGGGGGAGGCGGCAGCAGCUGCCCCAGCCCGGGGCCAGCGGCUGCUCCCUGGCACUGAAGCCCCUUUGCGGGCGCUCCCCGGUGCGAGUUGGCAGCAUCUCACCCCUCACACGGCACUGGCCGCCCCAGCACACUCGGGGACAGGAGCCACUCGAGUUAUUGCUUUGGCUGCUCCUGUUCCUGUGGCUCCCUGGGAGCACGAGGGGUCCCGUGGCUGUCCCUGCCUGCCCCUUCCCUCUACAACCAAAGAGGCCGAGAUGCCACCAGAGCAGCUGUGUGUCCUCCUGCCCUGUCCUCCUGUCUCCCCCAGGGGCUCCAGCCGAGCUCUGGGGGUUCAGCUGGAGCUGGGAGGGCAGAGGGGCCCCUGCACCCCGGGCUGUGCUGCAGGGAAAGCCGUGCUUUCCCAGCAAGGACUGCAAUCCUGGUCCGACAGGGCUGGCGGGGGGUCAGGGCCCCUGGUUGUCCUUGGGGUGGUGGCUGGGUGCCACCGAGGCUGCCAGAGCAGCUGUUCCUGGGCAGAGCAGCAAUUCCUCCCCGGACAGGACCUGUGGGAGCUGUGAACCCCCUGUUGCCCCUGUCCCUCUGCAGGGCUGGGCUCCCGCAGGCCUGGCUGUGGAUGGAGAUGGUCCGGGGGGUCCAACCCUUCUCUGUGCAGCCCCAGGAGCUGCUCUGUUGCUGGGGAGAGGCUGGUCCAGCAGCACCAUCGUGUCCAGCUUGUCACUCGCUCCGUUCACUUGACUCCAUGAUUGUAAGACUCUGUGCUCCGUCCCUGACUCUGUAGCGCUGUAGGAGCCGCCGCGCUUUUUGUCCUUUGUAGAACGAGCAAGUUGGGAGAACCCUCAAAGCGUCACCUCCUUACCCCUCUGGGCUGCAGGACGGGGUAGCUGAGCUCGCCCGUCCUGUGCCACCCCUGUCCCCUCUGUGCAGCCCCUGAGGGACACCCGCACCCAGGCUGGGAUGGCCUGGGUGUGCAGUGAGCAGCCCCUUCCCACUCUGAGUGUCCUCAGCCCCGCUCUUGUCCCCGCCGGGGGCUGUGGGGAGCCAGGACAGCCCUUUACAGCCACCACGUCACCCGCUGUCCCCUCCAGCAGCCCGAGCCACGUCCCCUGCCCCAACCCUGCCUUCAGACCCAGGCCCGAGGCUCCGGUGAGCAGCCGGACACAACCCGACCCCCGGCUUUUCCUUUACUCCACACACAUCUUGGGUCUGAAAAGGGUUAAAACCGGCACUGAUUUAAAACAAAACAAAACAAAACAAA